AUGGGCCAUAGUUGCCGCCCUCGACAUCGACUGGUAAAAAAGGCAUGUGCACGCGGCGCACCUGCUGUUCAGCCAUGUUCUUACGAAUUUUCCAUUAGUCGUGAUUCACACUGCUUUGCAUUCUGCAUUUUUGGAAUGAGUAAGCUUGUUUUGCGUUACAGAGCUGAAAGCGGAGCAUCCGGACUUCCCGCUGGACUGAUGGAUAAUUCCACACGUCAGGUCCAAACCACGCCUCCGAAACCAAGAAGGCUCAUUGAUAAUGCUGCGGAGGUACGUCGUCGAAAAGAGGCAGCUGAGCGACUUAUCAAAGAAAGACAUGAGGCACUUCGACGUCAACACGAAGAGAAAAUCCAUAAGAUAAAUGAGGAACGUCAACGUCAACAGAGAGAACUGAAGGAAAGGCAUGCAAAAGAGCUUAAAAGGCAGCAGGAUGUACUACAGAGAAGAAUGGCUCUAAUGGAACGUGAUAAAGCUCGUAAACAGGAAAUUUUGGAGAAGAACCAUGCGGUAGCCUCACGUCUUUCAACGAACUCUUCUCGUAAAAAUUAUGCCUUUGGUUCUUCCACACCACGUGAACUGUCAUUCCUUGAUUCACGACUACUGAGGAUGAAUGCCAUGGAAAAGCGAUCACCACCGGAAAAACCGUCCCCACCGAAUGGUGCUGUUAAUGCUCGACGUGGACGUUCGAUGGCAUCUGUUCUCUCCGCAUCUAUGUAUGCUAGCUCUAAUCCAGAUCGAGCACGACACACAGCUUCCACGACUCGAUUAUCGCAGCCAAAGAGUAAUCAAUCAAAAGUAAAUAAUCCUAUGACUCAAUCUGUAUACCAUUCGUCGCCGAAUCCGUCAACUCCUGUUUCACGCUUACGCAAGAAACCUCUCAAUCAGGUCACGACCAGUGUUCCCAAUACUCCACUCACUGGUUCCACUUCAUCACCGAUAGCUAGGAAAGUUCCACCCAAGCCGAAACCAAGAGGAGCUCCAGUGAAUGCAGUGACCAAAAAACCAUCUACACCACCAGCAGAGCAAGCUGGAGUUGUAUCUUCUCAGCGUAGGGAGAGUUUGGCACGUUCAGAGGAUAUUCCAACGCCACUGGGAAUCACUGCUUCCGAACCUCCACGCAGCGAAAAUUCGUUCACAUCUGAUGAGAUACCACUAGAUAUGGCUGAAAAAGAAGCGCAUGAAAUUUCCACUGAUAGUCUCGUAGCAGAAGUACAUCACAACAAUGACACAAUAGAGGAAAUUGCUAAAGAGAACUCCUAUCAAAGUCCUUCUGAACGAGAGGAGACCACUCUUGUAAAUGAAGUUGAUGUCGUGAUUGAGACUCCCGACGCGGUUACUAACCAUGCUGAACAAUCAAGUGAAGAAGAAGCUGCUCUCGAAAUGAUUACCAAGGAUGUUAUUGUUGCUGGUGCAACUUCAGUUCCCGAUGAGCAGUUAAUUUCUCCUGUUCCAAAAUCUUCUGAGGUCGACAAUCUUCCAAUGGCCCAAAUUGCGUCUCCUGCGGCUCCACCUACACACGCGGAGAAGGAAGGAACAUCACUCGCUGACGAGUUAGCUGGAGUAUUCGGCGAUCAGCCAAUUGCAGCUGCUCCUACGACCGUGCGAGAACAAACCGAGGAGGUUGAGCAACCAUCAUCUGUGGUGGAAGUGGUUGAGAACAUUCGCACUGUAACACCUGUCGAUCAUCCAGCUAAUGAUGUCGCAUCGCAGAAGGAAGUGUUUGAAACCUUGACUCCGGAAAAAGUUAUUGGAAGCCCACCUACAGAGAAGCCUGCUGAAGAUAUAUCUGUUGAAAAGCCUGUUGAAAAGUCACCAGUACAGAAGCUUCCUGAAAGUCCACCUGUAGAGAAGCAUGACGAGAAAGUUUCCUUUGAGAACCCUCUAAUUGAUUUCACAACAGAUGAAAAGGAGCGAACCAAUUCUCCUCCUAAUGUUGCUAAUAAAGACCAUGUGCAUGAUGAGCAUGUUGUUAAUCAUGUGCGUAGCAAUGGGAUUGAACAACAGCAUCCUCCAGUGAUUUCUGUUGAUCUCCCGGGAACCGUCCCAGCAAAAGAUGUCGACGAAUCAGUGAUGAAGAAAGUCCCUACACCACCUAAUGAAUUUAUUGCUCAUCGACUUCGCCGAGAGCAAGAGCAAAGAGAAAUUGACGAGCGUAAAGCCCGUAUUGCUGCCAUUCUUGCAAAAUCACGUAAUCUAUCAAGUGGUGCCCUUCCUGGGGCCGGUCGAAUAUCGCCUCCAAGUGGAGAAACAGCGCAGGAUGUUUUAAAGCGACUUGCAUCGAAUGGCAAUCUUCCUGCCCUACAAAAACUCGUCGCGCGACGUACUCCCGAACCACCAACGAUUGAUCAGAUUGCGGCUGAGGAUCCCGCUCCGCAGGCAAUUUAG